AUGUCUCUACCUGUGACCAUGCGCGCAAAGGGCGUACCGGCAGCCCCAAGAUUCGUUCGGUGUCGUUCGACAGCUGUGUCGGGAUAUUCGAUGCUCGAAGCAAAGUCAAGAGUGCGCGAGCGUGCACGGAAUAUUAGUCGGUCGACGAACCAAAAAGCAGAGCUAGCACCCGCCGUGCGACCUGUAUCCACACCGGGAUUAUACCAGAUCCCUCCAAAAAAUAAUGUCAACCUCCCUAUGCACGGUCCUGGUCCCCAUCCAAAUGCACCUCAGGACCACACCUUUGUCGGUCUGUCAGGUGGACAGAUAUUCCACGAGAUGAUGUUGCGCCAUAAUGUCAAGCACAUCUUCGGAUACCCUGGAGGCGCCAUUCUUCCUGUCUUCGAUGCCAUCUACAACUCUCCGCACUUUGACUUCGUCCUCCCCCGGCACGAGCAAGGCGCUGGACAUAUGGCUGAAGGGUACGCACGCGUGUCCGGCAAGCCAGGCGUCGUCCUCGUCACCUCAGGACCGGGAGCGACAAAUGUUGUUACUGCCAUGCAGGACGCUUUGAGUGAUGGCAUACCCUUGAUCGUGUUCUCAGGGCAGGUUGCGACAUCUGUGAUCGGAUCCGAUGCGUUCCAAGAGGCCGACGUCCUUGGGAUAUCUCGCAGCUGCACAAAAUGGAAUGUCAUGGUCAAGGACAUCUCAGAGCUGCCUCGGAGAAUAAACGAAGCGUUCAAGAUCGCCACCUCCGGCCGACCUGGCCCCGUCCUCGUUGAUUUGCCCAAGGACAUCACCGCCGGUAUUCUCCACACUCCUCUGCCAUACAAGGCCACGAUGCCUGGUACCAACCUCGGCCUGCCUGCCAACCCCAUGCAAUCGCUCGAGCCACCCCCCGAAGUCGCUCUCAUCCGCCAAGCCGCCGCCCUCAUAAACCAAGCCCAACGCCCCAUCAUCUACGCCGGGAACGGCGUCCAUUCAUCACCCAAGGGCCCCGAGCUCCUCCGUCAGCUGUCCGAGCAGGGUAACAUCCCGGUGACGACGACUCUGCAGGGACUCGGCGCAUUCGACGAGUCCAACGAACGGAGCCUGCACAUGCUUGGCAUGCACGGAAGCGCAUACGCCAACCUUGCGAUGCAGCAAGCGGAUGUCAUCAUCGCUCUCGGUGCCCGGUUCGACGAUCGUGUGACGGGGAAGGUCGACACGUUCGCUCCGGCUGCCCGUGCUGCUGCUGCCGAGGGCCGUGGCGGCAUCAUCCACUUCGAGAUCAUGCCGAAGAACAUCAACAAGGUCGUGGAAGCAUCCAUCCCCAUCCUCGGAGACGUCGUCGCCAACCUUGGCACCCUUGUUCCUCUGAUCACGCCGUCACCCAGGAAUCAGUGGUUCUCGGACAUCAAGCAGUGGAAGGAGAAGUACCCCUUUACGUAUGUGAAGAGCGAGGCUGGCGCGAGAAUGAAGCCGCAGGAGGUUGUGGAAGAGCUGGAUAGGCAGACGUCGAGUUACAAGGAGAACGUCGUUGUGUCUACCGGUGUCGGACAGCAUCAGAUGUGGGCCGCUCAGCACUACCGCUGGAAGUACCCUCGUCAACUGAUCACUUCUGGAGGUCUAGGAACCAUGGGCUUCGGUCUUCCCUCUGCCAUCGGUGCCAAGGUUGCCGCACCCGAAAAAACCGUCGUUGACAUCGACGGCGACGCUUCCUUCAGCAUGACUGCCAUGGAACUCGCAACGGCGUCGCAGUACAACAUUGGUGUCAAAGCUCUUGUCCUGAACAAUGAGUUCCAGGGAAUGGUCCUUCAAUGGCAAGAUCUGUUCUACGACGCCCGGUACUCGCACACGAGAAUGACGAACCCCGACUUUGUCAUGCUAGCAAAGGCCAUGGGCGUGCAUUCCUUACGCUGUCAUACCGCUGCGGAACUGCCUGCGAAGAUGAAAGAGUUUUUGGAGUACGACGGUUCGAGACCUGUGCUGAUGGAGUGCUUGGUGGAGAGGAACGAGCAUGUGUUCCCUAUGGUAUGCUUCCUUCUUUUCUUUUCUUUUUUUUGA